UGACGUUCCCCCAGCAAUACCAAGCCGCCAUUGUACAAGUAUUUACACAGCUACAGCUUUCAGUUGUAUAGCCGGGUAGAAAAUAUAUUCCGAAGAUCGACAGUUGAAUCGUCUAUAAGGCGAUAAAUAUUCGCAAUGGCGCGAAGUCGAAAAGACAGCACGGGCAAGAGCGAUUCUGAAGCCACGGACAAGGAUAACAAGCGUGAAAAAAAUCGCGAGAAAGAUCGAAAAAAACGAGCAGCAUCAACUUCGAGCAGUGGUAGUAGCUCGUCGGACAGCAGCUCUGCAUCAUCAAGUUCCAGUAGCGGCAGCAGCUCCAGAUCAAGCUCUUCUUCGAGUAGCUCAUCCAGCAGUUCUGGCAGCUCUUCUGGAAGCUCUCGAGACAGAGGACGCAAACGUAGUCGGAGUAAAAGUGCCGAUGGGACCAGAAGGCAUGAUACUAAGGAAAAAGAAAGAGAUAAAGAGCGGGAAAGAGAGCGGGAAAAGGAUCGUGACAAGGAUAAGAAAAAAAGCAGCAAUGCUUCUGCUGAUAAACCCAAACCCAAGGGACGUUCCAGGUCACCUACUCCGAAAAGGAAGCGCAGGGAGCGAUCUCCCAUACCUAGGCCAACAAAGAUUCACAUUGGUCAUUUGACACGUAAUGUGACCAAGGAACAUAUCGUAGAAAUAUUUUCAACUUAUGGACAAAUUAAGAUGGUAGAUUUCUCAGUGGACAAACUCCAUCCCAAUCACGGGCGUGGAUUUGCAUAUGUUGAAUUCGAAACGGCGGAUGAGGCAGAAAAUGCAAUGAAACACAUGGAUGGAGGUCAAAUCGACGGUCAAGAAAUCACAGCUGCGCCGGUUCUUUUACCAAAACCAAGACCUCCACCGAUGCGACGAAUGUCGCCAGUGAUGGGACGAAGAGCACCAUUACGAUGGGGCGGUGGAGGUGGUGGUGGGGGUAGGAAUUCGCCGCCACGGUAUCGCAGACGUUCACCUCCCAUGAAUCGUCGGCGAAGUAUACGUCCGCCGAGGCGCAGGCCUCGAACCCGAUCGCGCAGUCCCCCAGACAAUGCGCGACGUCGUCAUCGUCGUUACACUCGAUCGAGUUCAAGUAGUUCUCGAUAAAGAGUGAAAACCAAGAAAGACGACCGUUAAAAAAAAGCAAAAUCACUUUUCAACGAUAGUUCCACGCGGUAUGGCCGAGGAAAAAAAUAAGAUGAGCGAAUACGAAAACACGCGUGUCUCAUUACGUUGAAAAGAGACAUUCAAACUGAUUUCGUUAAUUUUGCUCAGUAUUCUCUAAAAGUGAUUUCCAAUAUUUACACCGGCAUCAAUUGACCUGUACAAAGGCGAAUGAUUGAUUAGAUGGUAAUAUUGUACGAAAAUAAUCAUUGGAAAAUACACGUGUGACGAAGAUUUGAUUUUUUUUCUAUCGAAUCCAUGAACAAGUGACAAACCGUGAUUCAAACAAAUGGAGCUCUAAGGGAGAUCAAGUUUACAAAGUGCUUUGUAAGAAUGAUGAAAUGGAAAAUGUUUUUUUUUAAGUAACGGGAAUCGCCUUUUGGGCGAAUAUGAGUACGGCUAAUUGUAAGCUAGAUAAUAGCAAAUUUCAUAUGUACCAUUAUCGUAUCGUUUGGUUGAUGAUUUAGGCGCACAAGCGAUUUUUCUUUUUCGAUCAACAAAUCAAGAAUAAUUUUAUCCCUUUGUCCCUCACGUAUGAUCUUAUGUAGUGUUAAAAUGUGACUGUGUCAACCACAAAUUUGCAACUUUUUCAAAACAUGUAUGUGCACACGAAUGAUCUCGUGAUCAUGUCUUGUAAUGAACAAGAGUUAUAAUGGCGAUGAAAAAUUCAAUGUCUAGAAAAAAAGACUGUAAUUUCUAUGACGUCUUAAAUAAAUAAAAAAAUUCCCAAUGAUUCAGAAAAUAAAGUAAAAUGACGACAA